AUGGACACUCACGAUGUCUCCGAGGAGCUUCAGUACCUAAAGUAUCUGGCUCAGCAUAAAAGAACUCUCCAGAAUGCCCAGCGUUUCAGGGGUCAGCGUCCGAAGCAGAAGCAAUCUCGAGAAGAACUGAUUAUGGAGUUUAUGCGUCGACAGAUGGCGAACAAGAAUAUGACUUUUGAUAGGGAUGAGUUCGCUAUUCGCUCAUCUUUCCUUCCCCCGACCUACGUUCCCAGUAUCGCCCCGUUCCGAGAGCUCAACAAGGUCAUGAUCAAAGACCUCGUUCUCGAGACCCAUCACCGCGGCUCAUACCUGCUUCUGAGGACAGUCACCCCACCGGACACAAUGACUGCAAUCUUGGCUAUUGUGGAGGAUGAAGAAGGUAAGGUUUUGGUCCUUCAGCUGUACAACCAAGACUCAACGCGUGCUGCCGAGGACAUACUUGAUGAGGGAGCAGUGCUCAUUGUUAAGGAGCCGUAUCUCAAGGUGAUGGCUGACGGAGGCUAUGGAAUUCGGGUUGACCACCUCUCCGACGUCAAAUUUGUCCCAGGACAUGACGAACUAGUUGCUCCCUCUUGGCGUAUCAAUCAGCGAUUGACUGGUAAGUUUCUCCUUGGUCAUUCGGUCUGGCAUACCGCUCACAACGAUAACAGUUACUCCAAAGCUUUGGAGUAUUUCCCAGCAGAGGAUGAGGCCUUUAUCAUCAAGCUAAACCGUGCUCUUGUUUUUCUCAGAGUUGGUCAAUUGGAUGAUGCUCUUCGCGAUAUUCCGAACCCCAAGAUAUCUGAGAAAGCUUUGUUCCGCAAAGCUCAGGCACUCUACCGUCUCGGAAGAUAUCGGGAGUCUUGUGAUGUCUUCAAGAUUCUUUGCCAGGAAUAUCCGGGAAACAAUGCCGCUAGCAAGGAAUUCAUGCGAGCGAUCGCGCGCCUCGCGGAACAAGUGAACGGCAAGUAUCCCUUCAAGCAGCUACAGCUAGAAGCGGCACAGCUUCGUCCACCACACUUGGACCGCGCAACAUACAUCGGCCCCAUUUCUGUCAGGCGCACCAAUUCCCAUGGACGAGGCCUGUUUACGACAAAGGCAGUCAAGGCCGGUGAUAUUCUGCUUUGCGAGAAAGCUUUUGCGCAUUCCUUCGUCGAUCACACCGGCUUCACGCGCAGUGCAGUCGUUCUGAUCAACCCAGAAACGAACCGUAUGAGUCUUGGUGGUCAGGCAGAGCUCAUUACCCUGAUUGUCCAAAGGAUUUACAAAAAUGCAUCCUUGGUACCAGUUAUCACUGAUCUCCACCACGGUUCCUACAACUCUCCCGAGAUCUGUGAGGUUGAUGACGCGCCGGUUGUGGAUACCUUCCUUGUCGAACGAAUCGUGUCCUUGAAUGGCUUUGGCUGCCCUGUCUCCUCCCACCAAUCUCGCAUCAACCUUAUGACCAACCAAAAGGUGGAGGAGAAGUUCAGCUCCUGCGGCCUUUGGCCCAUGGCAUCUCGCAUCAAUCAUUCUUGCUACAGUAACUGUCGAAGGUCGUUCAUUGGAGAUAUGAUGAUUAUCCGAGCUACCCAAGAUCUCGAGCCCAACACCGAAAUCGUCUUUUGGUACAGUCGGCCUUUUGACAAACCGGACAAGCAACCCGACUUGGAGCACUGGGGCUUCAGGUGUAGUUGUGCUAUAUGUAAAGACAUCCAAUCCACGCCAAAGUCCACCUUGGUCAAGAGAGACAAGCUGGUUGCUGAUCUGCGGAAAUCUUUUCAAUCUUCCAACCCAAACGGUGCCAGGAUCGAGUCUAUCCUAGUGACGCUCGCCGAAACCUACAGUCGACCAGCCUCUGAGGUCCCCCGUCUUACCCUAUGGGAUCCCUAUUUGGGUCUCUGUGGGAUGUACUCUGAGCGGAACCAGCCGAAGAAGGCAAUCGAGUGUGGUUUGAAAGUCCUGGAAUCGCUGGGCUACGUGAUUGAUGGGGGGAAUUUCCCUCUAGCGCCGAAAACACCUCUGGUCGUCAAGAAAUGGGGGUUGAUGCUGGACUUGCUCGUGGACUGUUGGAUGUUUCUCGCUCGGGGCUAUAGCCAAGUGGCGCCUGAGCUUGAGGCAAAGGCUGAACAUUAUGCUAAGCUCACAUACAGAAUUUGUGUGGGUGAAGAUGAGACAUUCCAUGAGACUUAUGGACGACAUGGAGAUCGACUUAAUGGUUUUCUUGCUGAGGGAGGAUAG